AGCUCUUCUUUGUGUAACUAAACUGCUACAGGAGCACACCACACACUCUGAACUUUAGUCCUGUUCAGUGCCCACACCCUCCGAGCUGCAGUAUCUCACAGAGCUGGAGAACAGUCGGCCAUCCGUUUGCUUUGAAGCAAGAAGAACGCACAAACAAGCUCGUGAACUCCGUUGACCGGGACGCUCUCGAGAUGUACCGACCAAUCUUGACGGCACUUGCAGUGCUGCUCUGCUCUUCACCCUUGGUAAAUUCAGGGAAAAUCUUGGUUAUCCCUGUGGAUGGAAGCCAUUGGAUCAACAUGAAAGUCCUCGUCGAAGAGCUUCACUCCAGAGGUCACGACAUCACAGUUAUACGGCCAUCAGACAGCUGGUACAUCAAGACAGAGUCCCCUUACUACAAGUCCAUCACAAUAAAUUCUGCUGCUGGCUUUGAUGAGGAAGGCUUUGGGAUAUUUGUAACCAAAAUGCUGACCAUGCGUCGGGAUGGUGCUUCACUUUGGGCGCGUUUAUCUCUGGAGUAUGAACUGGUGGAACAGUUCUAUCAGAUGAACAAGCAAAUGAUUGCAAUGGUAGGAGAGAUGUUUGAGAAUACCCAACUGAUGCAGAGCCUGAAUGAUGCCAAGUAUGAAUUAGUUCUGACAGACCCUGCGAUCGGUGCAGGGGUGCUUAUUGGUCAUCGUUUGGGUCUUCCACUUGUCCUCAAUGUGAGGUGGACUGUUCAGGGUGAGGCACAUCAUGCAAUUGCACCUUCCCCAUUUUCAUAUGUCCCAAUACCAGGGGCAGAGCUGACUGACAAGAUGAAUUUCCUCCAGCGGGUCAAGAACUUAACAUACUUUUUCUUUACUUGUUUUCAAACUUGGUAUGUAACAGAUUCCAACUACAAACCAUUUGUCCAGCGUUACUUUGGAAAUGGUGUUCAUUACAUGGAGCUUUUUCAGGCUGCAGACAUCUGGCUAAUGAGGAACGAUUUUACUUUUGAGUUCCCAAGACCCACAAUGCCAAACAUUGUCUACAUGUCAGGAUUUCAGUGCAAACCCUCCAAGCCCCUGUCUAAAGAAUUAGAAGACUUUGUCCAGAGCUCUGGUGAACAUGCUAACCUUAACCAUGACCUAGAACCUGUAGACAUUCGAGACAGUAUUCUACACGACGGAGGGAACAAGGAAGUAGUGUUUGGAGCUAGGUCCUUGUACCGGAUACAG